AUCUAAUUCUGUUAAGGUCUGGUGGCCAGCAGAGGGUAAGAGCCAAUCUAUAUGGGGCCCUGCCGUCAGAAACCCAAUUCACUGACUCACAUAGAUACAGAGGCAGGAGGUGAUGGGGUUGGAAAGAAGAUUUUGGCCGACACCAACUCUGAGUAUGAACAGCUGAGACGUGAAAAUGUGGCGACCAUUCUGUCGUACGGUGUCAACUUUAUGGACAAUAUGGUGUGUCGCGACGCGUGUGAUGGACAUGAUGUACGUAGGACAGGUAAGGAGGAGUGCUGUACAUCUAUCUGUCCAAAGUUUUUGUUGACUCGGGUGGCAGAGUCAGCCGUGGGGGCCCACACCUUGUUACAGUGUGGAGUCAUGCAGAGACUGGCGGGAUGUGUCUUCUUUGACCUUCGACGUAACUUUGACAGAGAUGAAGCCGGUGUAGAUACAGAGGAGGACUUCCUGCCCAGCCCCAUGGCCCGUUAUCGUCAACUCCUCUUCGCCGCCCUCAAAUUCUGUCUGGCCAUGCUGACCUCACUGGGCAUAGAAAACCAGGACUGUGGCAAUCAGGUGAUGCAGUUUAUCUGAUCUCACAGAGAAGUUUUCCACGGAAUUCAAUGAGACAGGCAGCACAGUUUAAGUCUCCCUGCUCUACGUGAACUAGCUCUAACUACAGCGGUACUGACACGAGCUAACUC